UAUCUUUCACUUCUUUCUAUUUGAGAUUUAUUUUUAAAAUACUAAUAUAACACAUACUAUUAUUUUCCACUAUUCCGUCAUAUUUUUCGACUAUUAAAUUUAAUUUCACUCAUUAAUUAGGUAGUGAAAGAAAUUAAGGGUAAAAAUGUUAGAAAUUGAUUUCAAUGAUUCGUCUCGUAUGUAUGGUAGACUUUGGAGCAACUUUUUUGAGCAUUUGAAAUUAAAUACUGUGGCACUCUACUAUGCAGCUCGUAAACUUCUCGGUAAGGCGGCAGCGAUACCCCCACCUUCUCCCAGCGUAAAUAUGCGACGAGGUCAGUCUGGGAAGGUUUGAUUUCCCUGUACCACAUGCUACUGCCGUCGACUUUCAAGGGGCAUUGAGAAAAUGGUGUGGCAUCUUCCCCAAAACUUCUUAAGGGGUUUUGGUAUUGAUAAAGCAAGUUUAAAGCAAAAUGGAAGUUCAAUACCGAGUCUGUUAGUAAGAUGGAGUUGAGAGAUAGGCUACUGUAGAUUUAGCAACAAUAAGCCCUGGUUCUCAGCAUAACUUAAUUCAAUGAGCUAGUGGAGGACCAGAUAAAAUUCAGUUUAGUGUGUAUGUGUGUUUUUUUUAAUAAAGUUUGCAAGCAAGA